UGUUUUAGUUGCAAUUGCAAAAGGAGUGUAAUUACGCAUGCAAGAUAGGAAAAUGUUCAGUAUUUGUUUGAAAAAAUUGUGGAUUUUGUGAGUAAGGCAUAAGUGAAGAGGUUAUUUCUGAAAGGAGCCGCAAACUGCUCGACAGAAGAAUGACCACAACUUAUGGAAGACAGGUGUCCACUUUGGUACAGCACAGAUCAGAACGAUCGCCCUCGGUUAACUCGGAGAGGACUCUCAGGGCAAUUGGUAGAGUGGGCCAAGCUGUCAAUCUGGCCGUCGAGAGAUUCGUGACCGUGGGUGAGACAAUUGCAGACGACAAUCCGGAAAUCAAGCAAGACAUGUACGACGCAUGCAAAGAAGCUCGCGCUGCAGGUUCUUCCAUUGAGCGUCUGUGCGAAAUCACAGCUACAGAUCCCCUUGGGUAUCCACCUCCGGAUGGGCCCCUCAGUGACCGAAGUGCCAUGAUACGGGCAGCCAGAGCCCUCCUCAGCUCCGUCACGCGUGUCUUGCUGCUGGCAGAUAUCGUGGUGGUGAAACAAUUACUUCUGGCCAAGGAUCGAGUAGCUCGUUCUCUCUGCCGGAUGGAACAAGUGGCCAACUUUACGGAAUUCGUUAAAGCAUUUUCAGUAUUUGGCGCGGAAAUGGUGGAACUCGCUCAUGUGACAGGGGACAGACAAGCAGAUUUAAAAGAAGAACGAAGACGUGCUCAAAUGGCUGCAGCGCGUCAAGUUCUCGAGCGAUCGACCAUGAUGCUCUUGACGUCAUCCAAAACAUGCCUUCGUCACCCAGAGUGCCCAGACUCUCGUGAAAAUCGCGAUACUGUCUUCUGCCAGAUGCGAAGGGCAAUGGACCUAAUUCACUAUGUAGUUAAGGAUGGCGUACUAGAAUCUGUAGUUGAUCGAUUAUCUCCAAGGGGAGCUGGACAGGUUGAUUGGGACUCUGAACGAGCAUCUGCCUUUACGAGUUUGAAGCAUUUCUCUCGUUUGAUUGAACUCUCCAGACCACAGGUGACAGAGACAACGCCUAAGGUGAUCGGAAAUAGUGAUAUUGUGGAAGAGACUCCAACAACGCGAGAACUAACCCGUAGUAGUAGUGUUAGGGAUAGGAGAAUCGAAGCUGGAGGACGUUCUAAGAACCGAACUUACGCCAGUCUUGAGCGAGAACUUCUUCCACCAGCGAGUCGUAGUGCUGAAGCUGCUAUGCUUGGUCUAUCAUCGGUUUUGGUUCCAGAAACACGCGAUCAAUUGCUAGCCGCUCUGGACAAAGUUGUAGAGAAGACUCAAGACUUCACAGAUUCAGCAUAUACAACACAUGAGCAUCGUGAGAACAUAUUGUUACUGUGCGAUCGUGCAAAACUAGAGCUUAACCAGCUACUAAGGAUUGCUGUUAAUACGGAGCCUUUUGCCACCAAUACAACGGAUAUUGAUGGUGCGAUAGAGAGUGUUCAGAGCGCCGGACAGGAUCUCAGUCAGCAACUGGUACUUGCAGUUAGUGAUCAAGUCACAGAACUGGGUCACGUGAUCAAGGCUGGUAUCGACGUUGUCAACUCCCUCAGGAAUAUUGCCUUAAACCAAGAAUUAGAUCGAUUACAAGAGUGUGCUGAUCGCUUCCAUGAUUACAUCGAUCAUAUCCUUGAAGUUUGCAAACUACUUCGCCAUAUUGCUUUAUCUGAGACGCUUCAAGUACAGGCCAAAUUCAUGGAGAUCAAUCUAAAGAUAUACGCUCCACAAGUGAUAACGGCUGCACGAGCUCUGUCAGCGCAUCCUUCGAGUAAAAUUGCGAAGGAAAACCUUGAAGUGUUCGUUGAUAUGUGGCAGUGGUUGGCAAGCGAUGUAUCGACUGUAUCGAAGGAGAUCAUCGAAAUGGCUCAGGCUCAGACAAAGCCUGACAAAACUGAAUACCUCAGUUUACCUCGACCUGGAAAACAUGGGACAACAUCGAAGCCAUUGAAACCAACGAGACUGGAUCAGGAGGAGCAAGAGAAGAUAGCUAAGGCAGGACUGGAGAUGAAGAUGCUAACAAACGAGAUGGAUGCCGAAACGGACAAAUGGAAUGGUGCCAGUGAUGAAAACAAUGAUAUCGUCAAGAGGGCAAAGAAUAUGUCUUCAAUGGCCUUCUCUAUGUAUCAGUUUACAAAGGGAGAGGGAACACUCAGAACUACACAGGAUCUCUUUACACAAGCAGAAUACUUUGCUGAAGAAGCUAAUCGGCUGUAUAAAGUUGUACGACAAUUUUCAUAUCAGGUUCCAGCAGGGCAACCAAAGAAGGAACUCCUUGAGCAUCUGGACAAGGUUCCCACUUAUGUUCAGACGCUUCAGUUCACGGUAAAAGAUCCGACGGUUGGAAAAGCCGCCACCUUCGUUAAAGUGGACCAUGUCAUUCAAGAGACCAAGAACCUCAUGAACGUCAUCAAUAAAGUCGUUACGACAUGCUUCGAGUGUGCCAAUAAGUACAAGCUAGACUUUAGCGGACUGUCAGGACGAGUAGCAGCUGGGAGUUCAAGGGACGAUGAGGGCGGUUCAGGAGGCGCUGGUGAUUCCAAGGGAGCUACGACAAGCACCGAAGGGGGCAUGUGACAGUACGGGAUGGCUCGAAGAGCCAAAGGAGAUGCAAGGCGAACGCGAGUGUCCUUUCUUCUUUUCUAAAUAAAGACAGAAAGAGACUGUAAAGCAUUCGCAGAUGGCGCUGGACGCAGGAGGAUUCUGUGUUCAAAAGGAACGAAAGAUUGGUUAAAUUUGUGAGAUCAAGAACAAAAUCGAAAUAUUUUUAGAGCGGAUUAUCUUAUCCCAAUUCACAAAAUGGUGAAUCAUUAACUAAAGAAAAGAAAGUCUUUAAAUGGAACUGACAUACGAUAAUAAAAAAAUUUAGUACAAUAACCCAAUUUAUGAAAUUUCUAAUAAUGACGUAAUGCAAAAUCGAAUCACACUUUAAAGUUACUUAUCUCAUUUCGACAUUAUAUCGCAAUCCUUCAGCAUGUUGAUCCUUCACGAUGGAAGGGAUACUUUGGUUUUUAAAUAAAGCAAAAGUCUAUAGCCGGUAGUCUUCCAAAAUCGUGUAUAUAAA